AUGCAAUCCGAGUACGAGAAUUAUGAUCUUUCAUUUCCCGACCAACCUGUUGUUGACCUAUACCUCCGAGUGUGGGCUAACUUACCAGCCUUCCAGUCCAAGCCAGCUUUCAUUUGGGCUAAAGACUUGGACACAUCCAUUCCCCUCACCUAUUCCCAACUCAAUACCUCCGUUCAAAUCAUCUCCACUCAGCUACUCGUUUCCCUUCAAAGAGGUGACACCGUCCUUGUUCUUUGCUCACCAGGACUCGACCUAGUUGAGCUCAUCUUUGGGUGUCAGAGGGCUGGUCUUUUGAGCGUCCCUAUUGUCCCUCCUCACCCUUCUUUUGCUAAAGAUAACUAUCACCACCUUAUAAGGGUGAUUUCACAGACCAAGCCCAAAGCUGCCAUAGCUCACCCCGAUUACAUAUCAAGUGUUGGACACUAUGUGUCUUCCUCCCAUAACAACAAGAAGCUUGCUCACUUGUUACAAAGUAUGCGCUGGAUUUCCAUAGACGAUAUCAAACAUGGUAACGUUAAUUUAAAUAAUUGUGAUUCCUUAACAUACAGUGGUUGCAAAGCAGACGAGGUUUAUUUGGUUCAGUACACGUCUGGUGCCACUGGUGUUCCAAAACCUGUUCUUGUCACUGCCGGAUCAGCUGCUCAUAAUGUUAGGACAGCCAGAAAAGCUUAUGAUCUUCAUCCAAACAGCACUAUUGUUUCAUGGCUUCCUCAAUACCAUGAUUGUGGCCUCAUGUUUCUGUUACUAACAAUUGUAUCCGGUGCUACGUGUGUUCUCACGUCCCCAACUGCGUUCAUCAAACGCCCAAGACUCUGGCUUGAGUUAAUGUCAAAAUUCAAGGCCACAUGCACUCCUGUUCCAUCAUUCACAUUGCCACUUGUGCUCAAGCGUGGAGGGAUAGACAAAGGAACUUUACCUAUAAAUCUAUCAACUUUGAGCAACCUUAUACUAAUCAACGAACCCAUCUACAGAGAUUCAGUUGAAGAAUUUGUUCACGCCUUUUCGCCAUUCGGGCUAAGACCCUCGUCUAUCUCUCCUUCUUACGGGUUGGCAGAGAAUGGUACAUUUGUUUCCACUGCGUGGAGGUUUGAUAACCAUUCUCCCUUUCCAGAUUUUCCAACUUACAACAAGCUGUUACCAGUUGCAAGGCUUUCCUCACAGAGUAAGAACGAGGAACAGGAAGACGUGGAAAUUAUGGUUGUUAAUGAAGAAACGCUUGAGCCAGUUAAGGAUGGUAUUGAAGGAGAAAUUUGGGUUUCGUCGCCAAGCAAUGCCUCUGGCUACCUUGGUCAUCCUUCUUUAACAAGAGAGGUUUUUCAUGGAAGACUAAGAAACAUGGUUGGAAAGUGUUUUCUUCGAACAGGAGAUAUAGGAAUCGUGAUAGGAGAACAGAGGUGUCUCUUUGUCACUGGUCGCUGUCAAGAUGUUAUCAAGCUCCAAAAUGGUCAAAAGUUUCAUCCUCAUUACAUAGAGACUUCAGCUUAUAACAGUUACCCACAGAUACUAAGAGGAGGUUGCCUUGCAGCAUUCCAAGUUUCAACAACGGUUGCACUUGUGGCAGAGAUGCAGAGAAUAGAUAAGGACACCGAAACUGAGGUCUUGAGGAGCCUUUGUCAAGGAAUUAAAGAAGCUGUUUUGAAGAAAGAGAAGAUAGAGAUUGGAUGGGUGGUUUUGGUUAAGAGUGAGUGCGUUCCAAAAACCACUUCUGGAAAAUUACAAAGAUCGGCAACUAAGGAGAAGCUUCUUGCAGGAAAAAUGAUGAUUCUGAUGGAGAUGCGAUUUGGAAAAGAUGUUACGAGAACUCAAGAUGGAAGAAAUUUGGUUGCGGAAGAGAGUAGUUCACUUUUAAGUGCGGAAACUCGUAACUCAUUGAUCUCACAUCUUUGA